GUGGGGUGGUAAUUUGUCUCUGACUGUCAACAUGCAUCACACAAGCAUUCCUUUUUACUGUGAGAAGUCCUGUGACUAAUUCCCUUGUGGUCAUCCAAAAUUAAUUUAGACUAAAUGCAACUCAUGAUUAUAAAUGUGGUCUUUAUGCUUUGAAUAUGCAAUAACAGUAAAGUUGAACCUCUGCAAACAGACGCCUUGUUAAGUACUGACACUCCCGAUCAGUAGGUGGACACACACAUGCUGUGUCUCCUGUCGUGAGUGGACACCCCUUUUUCUUUUAGAAAUCAUGUUUCAUGAUAGUACCCCUGAAAGUGUAUGGAGGUUACUGGUUGCUUGUCUGUUUUCACACAGAAAGAAUAAGCUGGCAACAACAUCCAGCUCAACUUACCAAGGAGAUUUCAUCAGCAAGGUCUGGUUUGAAGUGGCUCUAUCUCGACUCCUUCAACUUACAGAUGUGCCCUUUCUUGAGGACAUAUUGACUCAAGCAUUUACAGAUGAUAGGGAAGAAGUGAUAGUAAUUUCAAACAGUGUUCCGGAACCAUGCGUUCAGUAUUCACAACAUAUUGGCUGCAAUAAAGAAACUGCAGACAACUCAGAGUGGAACAAUGUUUGGGUGACACUAGGGAUGGAAUGUAUUCAGUUACAGAGAGACUUCCCUCUGCCGCAGCGAGGCAAUGUGGGCUAUUCAAAUCUGAUGAAUGCCAAGGAGGCAGGAAUUCAACAGAUUCUGUUACAGUAUUAUGGUUCCCUAGUUGAUUCCCUGAUUCCUUCAAACCUAACAGACUUGGUAGAUGGUGUUCUGUGUGCUUUGGCUAAUGAUUGGACAAAGGCUGUUACACUUCUGCGAAUGUUGAUCUUGAUGCUGCAAACAAGUCAAAGAAAACACCUGAGAAAAUUGUUGAACUUCCUGGGGCAGUCUGUAGGUGCAAACAGUGGCAGGUUCAUCAUCAAGAGGUUUAUGGGUGCUAUCUUACCAAGAGACGUCAAAUGUAAGGGUUCUGGUGAAAAAUUGGUUUCAUUCAUGGUGAGGAAUCAACAGCAGAUGUUUAUUGUGCCAGCUCACCUCAAAGAGGAUUUCAGGAGACACAUGUCAUACGCACAGAAAGGAAUGUGUCCACCCCUGCCAUCCACAGUUUGUCAACAAGUGUCGGUUGCAGAGUACAGAAACCAAACCACAUUGACAACAAGUCUUUCCUUGAACAAGCUUAUGAGCUAUAUCAUUGACAACCGGCAGAUGAAUCUUAGAGAAAAGGAGGAACAUCUGAAACUUUUCCAGAAAUACCACAAUGACAUAUUUUUACAACAAUUCCCAAGUGGCCAGUUGUGAAUAAUGUUUUAUUUAUUUUUGAAGGAUUGACAUCAUGUUGAAGUAAAAGUGAAAGUGUUGUGAGCAGGGUGGUGUCAAAGCCUAAUCUGUCAUUUUGACAAUGGGCUAGCAAUUACGCAUGGUUAGGAAACUCUGGUGAAAAGUUGGCUAGAAUAAUAAUAAUUAAAUUAGUUUUAAGAUACUUCAUGUAGCUGGGAAAGCUUCUCAAGAAAGAAAGGAGAGCCACUGCCUCAUAAAACCUUACGACACUUCCACUUUUAACGAUUUAACCACAAAGACAAUUUUUGUGCAUUACCCAGUACCAUUUGAUGGUGCCUUAAUGCUUUUUAACGACUUUCUGAUGUAUUCUUAGUUUUGGCCUCUGCUCCUGAACAGAUUUCCACCUGUUUCAUGGCACUGAAGAAAUGUACUGUGAGACUUGCAAAUAUCCAUCCAUUUUCCCAUGCUUAUUUCAGUAACUGCAUCUGUUUGAAAUAGCCCAUGUCUGACAACUGAAACUGGAACACCUUUUAUGGCUGCAUCUUCUUGUGUUAUGGAUGAAAUUGCCUUUAGUUGAUAUUUGUUACAGAUGUGAAGAUCAGGGCAAUAGGUGACAUAAUUUAACUUGAAACAAGAGUCUGUUUUGGUUCUUUGCCUCAAAUCUAAGCAUGUUGGACUUAGUUUACUUUUAAAUAUUUCACAAAUCAAGUAAACAUUUUAUUUUCUUGGUGGGACAAAAAUACAAAUAAUUUCCACAAGUCUGUUUACCUUUGAUCAGUGCUCUUAUUUGUGUGGUAAAUAGAAGCUACAUUCCUUAAAGAGGCCCAGCAAAGUUGGGUUGCUAUGUUAACUCUCUGAACAAAAAAAUGUCAUAAGUUUUAUCACAUUUUUUAAGGAUUUGUUGUUGAUUUUCAGCAUUUGUGAAAUUUUUUGGGACAGGCCAGGACAAACAGACAAACAUAGUCAUUAUCAAGGCUUCUUUUGGUUGCGUUAUUUCUGGUUGCUGCUUUUGGCCACAUCAAUUCAGUAGUGAAAGGGUUAACAAAAUUUAUUUUGAAGUAUUUAUUAUGUGCAAGUACAACUUUCUUGCCCAACAUCUACCAGGUCAAGGGUUAUUUGAUCAUUUCCCUUAAGUUUAAUUUCCAAAAGGUUCCAUCUUGAGACAGUUUUUCUCAAUGCUACCUUUUCUGUAACACCACUGUUUGUUUACCAUUGAUUACAGAAACUGGUAACAAAAUUUCUGAUUUAAUAUAAAUUAUUUGCAAAUGCCAACUUGGAUCAUAUUGAGAUUACAAAAACAGGUCAAUCGCUGGCUAAGAAGGAUUUAUUUAAUAUUUUGUGAAAUGCUGUAGAAGAAUAGCUUGCAUAGCUAGUGGGUUUUUCUUGGAAUUUUGCUGGUGUGAGAGACAAAUAAGUGGUGCAAGAAGCCUCAAGAGGAAUGGGGACGAGGGAGUUUUUCCUCUCACUCCUCCCCACACAGGUCUGUCAUUUGUUCUUGUGGAUCCACCACUUGUUUCUGUCUCUUUCCGUCAAAACUCAACAAAACUGCCAGCUAUGCAGGCUAGUAGAACGAAACAACACAAAUACAUCCUGCAGGGUAUUUACAGAAAGAAAUUUAUUUUUUUGAGGUUUUACAGUCUUGUUUUUCCAGCUUGACAUAAUUAUCGAAAUAAUUAGCACAGUGUAUUUGAAAAGCUGGACACAUUUUACUAUCAAGUACAAAAGUGUCAGUUAAAGUUUGCAUAAUACAUACACUAUAGGACUCUUUAUUUCAUCACUGUAAAUCCAUUUUGGAUUGUGAUGCAGCUGUCCAUCUCAAUGAGGUCACCAAAAUGAAUUGCAGUUAAGGCUUGGGCAAAAAGCCACACAGGAACUAUUCAUACUUGUUAUGCAACCGUUGAGUGGUGCACCAUGGAAUAGCUCACAAGACACUUGAAUUUUCUCAGUGUAUUUAUGAGCCUUUAGGUGAGUGAGUACACCGAGAAAAUACAAGUGACAACUACGAUAUUCCAUGGUAUACCAUGAGAGCAUAACUAAUUUAUACCAUGCCAUAGAAAAUACAGUGGCCAGCACAAUCAAUGUGCCAUACACGCACAGAGCAUGAUGGCACAGUUGGAUAUAAUACCAUCAAAUCUACAACAGCUCUCCUGGCUUCUGAUUGGUUGUUUGUUUCUAUUGCAUGGUACAAAAGGUUGAAUUAUGACUCAGAAGUAUUGAAUUAAGGUGACAUGACCCUGAACACUAAAGCUAUAGUAUGCAGUUCCUAUCUGUAAGAGACCACAAUAUUAUUAUAUACAAAACUUACAGUGAACUAUCACCACUUACUAUAAGUAACAAACAAGAAAUGUCAUACAAAUAUCUUCAAGUUAUUGAAUGAGCCUGUCUAACCUUAUUUUGAGAGAAAUACUUCAAAUGAUUGUCUUGAAACGAGAAAGGUCUCAAGCACAGCUUGGAAACCAGAUGAAAACGUUCUUCAUGAAGGAGAAAAGCCUUCUUUGAAAACAAGAACUUCAAGAAUUUUUUUUAAGUAAGGCCUUUACAGCAGCAUUAUUUGCCUGCACUUCUACAACAGCAAGGAAUAAAACGACAGUAAAAAUAAAACAUACUGCUUUCACAGACUUAGGAAGAGAUUCAAAAACUACUAACUCUACACUAACAAACCAGUCUAGCUGUUAUAUUGAGUUACACAACACUUCACUUCUAUUAAAGCAUCCUUGAAUUUAUAACUGAGAAUUCUCUCUGACAAUAGCUGAAGUUAGGGGGUCUCCUAUUCAAAUUCACUAAUUCAGGAAAAUGUUAUUCAACAGCCCACUUCCACGACAAAAGGCUGCAAGACACCUGAAUACUAUGCCUCGAGAAAGGUGUUCAGCCGUGUCUUUUGCCCAUAGUCACACUGUCGUCAAUAAUUACUGAAAUGUUAAUUUCAGCAAAACAAGCUCACGAUACAAGGUGAUCUUGUUAUUAAUGACACUGUACAUUAUGUAGAUUGUGAGCAGAUUCUCUGUUUUCCUGAUUAGAUCUUGCUUGGUAUAGGAUGUUGCUUUACUUCAGCUCCCAUUCAGGGAGUUUAAUUUUAAAUUUACAGAAAACAGCAAAAAUGAAACUUUUGCCAUCUGUCUUCAGCCUGUUGGCACAGGAGUGUAACAACAUUUGUAUUUUUGUGGUGAAUAGUAGAAGACAUUUUUCUAUAUUUCAAUCUGUAAUGAAUUUGUUUAGGGAUAUGAAGAAAAGAACACAAAAUCAGAGGUAAUUUUUGCUGUUUUUCAUAAAUGCUAUGCUGAGCCUCACUAGUUCUCCACUGCACAAGGAGAACAUGACUGUUCAUAGUCAUUCUACCUGUACUGUUACACGUGAUGCAGUCAUCUGAAAUUUCUGACAUCAUUCUUCAUUUCUGGUCUUCCUCUUACACUACUCGUGGAAAACUAUUUCAAUCAGUGCCAGGUGAAUGCGAGAUAGUGAUUUCACAAGGAAGAGGCUCACUCUUAAUGCUUAUGAAUAUCAAAAUUGAAUUAUAAAAAUGCAAAGACAAAUUGGAUCUAAAGAAGUCAAUGGUCCAGGAAACAUUUUUGUGUAGAUAGAGACUUCGCAGUACAACAUUUCAAGGACUCAUUGAGACCUGCAGCAAGUUCGUUUUCAAGUUCACCUUGUCCUCCUGACGCUUUUCCAGCUGACUGUUCU